AUGGGUACACUGCGAAAACUUCGUCGUCAGGUAGAUGUUAUUGUCAGUGAAGUCAGUAUGAUUCGGGACUAUCGUGAUCAAGAGAUACGAAUUUACACAGAUGCUGGUCGUAUUUGUCGUCCAUUGGUUAUCGUUGAGAAAGGCAAACUACUCUUGAAGCGUAGUCAUAUCGAACUUUUAAAGGAUAAGGCAUACAAUCGUUACAGUUGGCAAGAUCUUGUCCUCAGUGGUGUCGUGGAAUAUAUUGAUACACUUGAAGAAGAGACUGUUAUGAUAGCCAUGGGUCCGGCUGAAAUGCAGGCUGCAGUGAACUAUUGUAAAACGCAUACGCACUGUGAAAUUCAUCCUAGCAUGAUAUUGGGUAUUUGCGCCAGCAUAAUUCCGUUUCCUGAUCAUAAUCAGUCACCUAGGAAUACUUAUCAAAGUGCUAUGGGUAAACAAGCCAUGGGUGUGUAUAUUAGUAAUUUUCACACACGAAUGGAUACGUUGGCUAAUGUAUUAUAUUAUCCUCAGAAACCACUUGUUGCCACUCGGUCUAUGGAAUACUUACGUUUCAGGGAACUGCCAGCAGCAAUUGCGACGUACACUGGUUAUAAUCAAGAAGACUCUGUCAUUUUGAAUGAAAGUGCUAUACAACGUGGAUUUUUCAGAUCUGAAUUUUACCGAACAUAUAAAGAUCAAGAGACACGACAUGGUAUGGAUCUAGAAGAAGUCUUUGAAAAACCGAAUCCACAAAAUUGUCAAGGAAUGCGUCAUGCUAUCUAUGAUAAAUUAGAUGAUGAUGGUUUAAUCGCUCCCGGGACAAGAGUUUCUGGAGAUGACGUACUUAUUGGAAAGACGAUUACACUCCCAGAAAAUGAAGAUGAAACGGAAGGGGGACAACGGCGAUUUACGAAACGUGACGCCAGUGUGUUUAUGCGGCGUAGUGAAUAUGGUAUAGUGGAUCAAGUUAUGGUCACAUGGAAUAAUGAAGGGAAUAAAUUUUGUAAAGUACGUGUUCGUACUACUAAAGCGCCUCAAGUAGGCGAUAAAUUCGCCAGUCGACACGGACAGAAAGGUACAUGCGGUAUUCGAUAUCGUCAAGAGGAUAUGCCAUUCACAUGUGAAGGGAUUACGCCAGAUAUCAUUAUCAAUCCACACGCUAUACCUAGUCGUAUGACUAUUGGGCAUUUAAUUGAAUGUUUACAGGGUAAAGUUAGUGCUAAUAAAGGCGAAAUUGGUGAUGCAACACCAUUCAACGAUGCUGUCAAUGUACGCAAAAUCUCAUUACUUUUACAAGAAUACGGUUACCAACAUACUGGAAAUGAGAUUAUGUACAAUGGAUUCACUGGUAGGAAGUUGAAUUCACAAAUUUUCCUUGGACCAACCUAUUAUCAACGUUUAAAACAUAUGGUGGAUGAUAAAAUUCACAGUCGCUCCAGAGGUCCAGUACAAAUUCUCAAUCGUCAGCCUAUGGAAGGUCGAAGUCGUGAUGGUGGUCUGCGUUUUGGUGAAAUGGAACGAGAUUGUCAGAUAGCGCAUGGCGCUGCUCAAUUUUUACGUGAACGAUUAUUUUUCGCCAGUGAUCCAUACCAGGUUUAUGUGUGCAAUUUAUGCGGUCUGGUAGCUAUUGCCCAUCAACGUAAUAAGACCUAUGAGUGUAGAAGUUGCAAAAAUACAACACAGAUUUCUUUAAUCAAACUACCCUAUGCGUGCAAAUUGCUAUUCCAAGAAUUAAUGGCUAUGUCUAUCGCACCGAGAAUGAUGAUCAAUAGUCCUGUUAUUUAA